AUGGCGACAACACCGGUUGAACACGCAACGACGACGGCCAAGUUUCCCACACGCCAAAAGCCGCUUCCCUAUACUUUUGUCAAUGGGCGCCGUACCCCUCUUUCGUCCAUUCUCCCGCCCCUCGUCUUCGGUACCGCAACCUUCAACCACCUAUACAAUACUGAUCCCUAUGCCCUCGACACCACGGGUCUCGUCACAUCGGCCCUCACACAUGGCAUCCGCGCUUUCGACACAUCGCCCUACUACGGGCCCUCUGAACAAUUACUCGGCGAUGCGCUCGCUACACCCUUUGUCCGCGAGACGUUCCCGCGCAGCUCAUACAUGAUAUUGACAAAAGUUGGACGGAUAGCAAGCGAGGAGUUUGAUUACAGCAAAGAAUGGGUGCAGUAUAGCGUCCAGAGGAGUCUGCAGCGCAUGCAAACAGAGUACCUGGAUCUCGUAUACUGCCACGACGUCGAGUUUGUAAGCGCGGCAGAGGUUCUGGAAGCAAUCAAGGAGUUGCGCCGUAUCAGAGACGAGGAGGGAACAAUCAGAUACAUUGGUAUCUCAGGAUAUCCGCUGGAUGUACUGGGCGACUUGGCUGAACUCAUUCUGCGCGAGACGGGCGAGCCCCUCGACGCAGUGCAGUCGUAUGCAAACUUUACGCUUCAGAACCAGGAGCUCGCCGGCAAAAAUGGUGUCUUGCGUCUGAAGAACGCGGGCGUCGAUGUUGUCCCCAACGCAUCGAUUCUCGGUAUGGGACUUCUUCGUCGUGAAGGCAUUCCCGUCGGCGCACUGGGCGACUUCCAUCCUGCGCCGUCUGAUAUCCGCGAAGCCGUGCGCAAAGCCAGCGAAUUCUGCGACGGCUACGGCGAGCGCAUCGAAGUCAUCGCUAUACGCUUCGCGCUCGAGACAUGGAUCUCGGCUGGCGCGCUAUGCGGCUCCAAAGGCGACCCCGCGUCUGGCCUACCCUGGCAGCACGAAUCCAUCGACGACGUCGGCGGCUCUAAGCUCGGCGUCAGCGUCAUCGGCGUGUCGCGCGCAGAGGAACUGGAAAAGACAAUGUUGGUCUGGCGUUCGAUUCUCGACGGCCUCGAGGGCGGCCAGGAAACCGCUGUCCAGGCUGGUCGCUGGUACCGCGCGUGGGAAUGGAGUACGAAUCGCCGAAAGGCAGUCCAGAUUCUCGCAGAGGGUGUGCAAGAGGUCCUGGGUAAAGCCUUUGGUUACACCUGGGCGAGUCCUAACCCAGGCUAUGUGAAUAAGAGGGUCAAGAUGGGCCUUCAGGACGACGAUGCGUCUGCGUCUAAGGCCGGGGUAUCGCAUUUGACACCUGCGGCUAGCCCCGCUGCCUUGCCCGUGAAAAACGUAGCGGAUGUUACUGAAGAUGAAAAGGUCUUGCCGUUGAGGUAA